UUGGCUUUAAUAGCCAGUGGUUAAGAUCAGAACAUCAUCACUCUUUGUAAACUCCGCUAAUCUCAAUCCCAAUUCUCACCCCUCCAUCACUGUUCUCUUUCUCCGUCUGUCAAUGGAUAAGAUUGAGCACAACCAUGUGCAAGUUCGAGGAUUAAAGCUUCACGUUGCCCAGAUUGGAACAGGUCCUAAGGUCGUUCUUUUCCUGCAUGGCUUCCCGGAGAUUUGGUACUCAUGGAGGCACCAGAUGGUUGCCGUCGCUAAUGCCGGCUUCCGAGCUGUUGCUUUUGAUUUCAGGGGCUAUGGUCUCUCGGACCAUCCAACGGAGCCGGAAAAGGCUAACUUCAAGGACCUUGUCGAUGAUGUGGUUGCGCUUCUCGACUCCUUCGGCAUCGAUAAGGCUUUUCUUGUGGGGAAGGACUUUGGAGCAGUGCCUGCAUUCAUGGUAUCUGUUAUCCACCCUGAAAGGGUGUUGGGUGUGAUAACACUCGGCAUUCCUUUUCUCAUACCUGGUCCAGUCGGUAUCCAAUUCGAUCUCCUCCCGAAAGGCUUCUACGUUUUACGAUGGGCGGAACCGGGACGAGCGGAAGCGGAUUUCGGCCGAUUCGAUGUUAAGACCGUUGUAAGAAACAUUUACAUCCUCUUCUGCAGAAGUGAGCUACAAGUAGCCGGCGAUGAUGAGGAAAUAAUGGACUUGGUCGAUCCAUCGACCCCGUUGCCACCGUGGUUCACCGAGGAUGAUCUGGAUGCCUAUGCAACACUGUACCAGAAUUCCGGUUUCAGAACUGCAUUGCAGGUUCCCUACAGGUGCUCUCAAAUGGACUAUGGUGUAACAAAUCCGAAAGUGACGGCUCCGUCGUUGUUGAUAAUGGGGGAGAAGGACUAUUUUAUGAAAUUUCCAGGGACGGAGGAGUACAUUCGGAAAGGGGUAGUGAAGCAGUUUAUGCCUAAUCUGGACGUAACUUUUAUGCCAGAAGGGAAUCACUUUGUUCAAGAGCAAUUCCCAGAGCAGGUGAAUGAGCUUAUCAUCUCCUUCCUUAACAAAAUUCCAGUACAUAAUAUGUAAGCCUAGCCUCGGAAGUGCAUGUGUCACGAGAUCGUUAUUCUCUUAUUAAAAAAUACCAGCGUUUAUAUAUUUUAAGAUCUUUUUUUUUUCUUUUUAGAUGUAACAUUAAUGUACUCUACCUCCUGAAGACGUGA